ACAUUCAACCCAGAAUGAAACUUCUUAUUGUUCUUUUCGCCUUAGCCGUUGUGGCUGCUACCUAUGAUGGCAAUGCGGCUCAAGACUCUAACAAUGCUUAUGGAGUGAACACCGCUGCUCAGAGUUCUAAUAAUGCUCCACAAACUUACGGAUCCCGUCUUCCUCACCCAGGAUACAAUCGUGUUUAUGACGAGUUUGAUGUUCCAAGAAAACACAGAAGACGCCGCCACCGCGGAAGACGCCAUCACCGAAAUUCAAGAUCUAACUCUCGCUCCUCCAGCUCCAGUUCUGAUUCCGAUUCGGAUUCGGACUCCAGAAGCCGUAGUCGCAGCAGCAGCAGUGAAAGUGAUGAGUUUGAUCGUGGAUACAUUGUUCUCCGAACACCAUACAGAGCCCCAGCUCAAAAUUCCUAUGGUGGAGCAGCUCAAGAUCCACCAGCGCAAAGUGGUUAUGGAGACCCAGCUCAAGAUACCCAAUCUGGUUAUUGAAACUUGUAUUUUUGAUAAAGUGUUGGUAUAUUUCUGAAUUGAUUCUUAUUGUAUAACUUAAACCUGUCUUAAUGAAUGCUUGGAAGC